AUGUGUUUGUGUAGAUUAGUUAGAAAGUUUGUGUCCCUUAUAAUUUUAAUGGUAAUGCUAUUUUUAGUUGCAGGUAUUUUAUUUACAUAUUAUAUUAUUAAAAAUAUAAAAACUAGUGAUAUAUUUUCAUAUGUUAUUAACACACAUACGUAUGAAGUACUAAAUAAAUAUAAGCAUAUUCAUGACCCUUCAGUUGGAAAGGAAAUAAAAAUAGAUCCAAAAAUUGAAACGUCAUCUGAAAAAGUUCACCCAUUUACCCAGGGUUUUUUUUUUUCAGAUAAAAACAGAUUAAUUGAGUCAGUAGGAUUAUAUAAAUCAAGUUUUUUAAGGGAAUUCGAUUUAGUUUCAGGUAACACAAUACGAUAUACAAAUUUUGGUCCCCAAUAUUUUGGAGAAGGAAGCGCUUUCAUCAUUGAACCAUCGACAUAUAAAAAAUUGAUAUUGAAUCUAACUUAUAAAGAAAAAACAAUAUUUGUUUUUGAUUAUGAAUCUUUAGAAUUGUAUCAUACAUUUACAUUUGAUUUAGAUGGUUAUGGUUUAACUUCUAAUGUAGAUACAUUACAAUCUGUUGAUGCAUUAAGAAAAGACAAUUUUGUUUUAAAUCAGAAAUUAUGGGCUACUACGGGGGAUGAAUAUUUAUAUGAACUUCAAAUUCCAGAUGACUUUAAAAAUUCAGAAAAAAUAUACGUAUCAAAGAAAACAAAAAUUACUUGUGGAGGUUUUAUUAUUGAUCGAACUAAUGAACUAGAAUAUUAUGCAUAUUCAAAAACUAUUUUUGCAAAUAUAUUUUUAACUAACUUAAUAGUUGAAAUAAAUUCUGAAACAGGAAAAUGUGUCAAACUAAUUAACUUAGAUGGAUUAAUUAAAAAAUGCGAUAAUUAUGAACAUAUUGAUGAAAAUAUAGAUGAUGUAUUAAACGGUAUAGCGAUAAGCCCUCAAAGCAAAAAUGAAGAGACUCCAGUAUUAUUUGUAACUGGUAAAAAUUGGUCUAAUAUUUUUGAAAUAACAAUUAAAAGAAAAAUUGACGAACUAGCACAUAAAGUGUUGUUAAGAGGGAAGUUUAAAUUAAAUUUACAAUAA